AUGUCGUCGAUUAAGACGUUAGAUCCACCAGUGAUGGUCGUUUUCAAUUCUUCAUCUUCGUCGUUGGAACAGAUCAACCCUUUCACUGCAACUGAUGAAGCCAUCUCCAACCACAUCAUCGUAAUCCAUGACUCGCAGGCCCCCAAGUACGAUGUCGCUUCUCUUUACAAUGUGGUCUCCAACAUUGUCAAGAACUCCACUCACAUCGGCACCUCCCUCGAUCUCAAGCGUCCCAAAGCUGUUGAACUUGUGGAAGACAAGGUUCCACAGUCCAGUUCCAUGCCACCUUUCAGUACCCUCAAACAACUUGCUUGUCAGAUGACAUGCAAGCCUUUUGAGAAAUCUACGGCAUACCAGAGAGUAGUGGGAAUUCUGGAGAAGCUUGAAAGGUACGCGUGGGACGCAAAGGCAGUGAUAGCUCUCUCACCUUUGGCUUUGGACUUUGGUGAAACUUGGCGUCUGUCUCUCAUGGAGCCUACCAAGGAAAAUGCUCUUGAGCUCCAUAUCUUCAGGCUUGGGGAAGAACCCAGGCCUACCAAAAGCAACUUAGAUCUCAUUACCACGUUGGUUGAUAUUACAUUCAAACUUAUUGAGGGGAUUUCAACAUUGGAGAAGAAGAUCGCCGACAAGAGUCUCAGCCAUAAAGAUGUCCCAACUUUGUAUGCUGCUCCUCGAGAAUUCUAUGCUUACUGGGCAAUCUUGGCCCUUCUUACUUGUUUAUCCAUUUCUAGAUUUGCCAGCAUCCCGUCGCAAAUAGCUCCGGCCAGGUAUCAAUUGUCACCAAAUCAUAGCAGCAUAGCUACAGUCUCUUAUGGCAUGUAUCAGGUAAGCAAAGACGUUGUGAAGACGAAGAACCUUUUACUGUUCAUCUCCGGUCUGGACAACAUCGAAGACGAGGUUUGGAUUUUAAAAUCUAUCCAUGAUGCAUUCAGAAAAAAUAAAGAGAAACAAAAUUCUGAAAUUCUAUGGGUUCCUGUGGUGGAGGAAACUAAGAUAACUGAUGAUCAGAAAGAGAAGUUCAAACAUCUAAAAUCAAACAUGCCAUGGUACGUCUUCCAGGACCUGUUCGUGAUUAAAGGCAAGAUGGUAUUAGGAGAGAAAUGGCAUUACCAGGGAAAGCCUAUCGUUGUUGUCACGAACCCUGGAGGUGAAGUGAUUCACAAAAAUGCAAUGCACAUGAUGUUUGCUUGGAAGAUGGAAGCCUUCCCAUUUCGAGCUGAGGAUGAAGAAAGACUCUUCCUUCACUGGAACUGGUUUUGGAACGAAGCCACCAAAGUUUCUCCAAAAAUUGGAAAAUGGAUUCAAGGGGACACGUACAUCUUCAUUUAUGGAGGGACUGAUGUUGCUGGGACCCAGAGGAUUGGUACACGGUUAGACUCCAUUAAGAAGGACCCCAUCAUCAAGCAAGCAGACGCCAUAAUCGAGCAUUUCAACCUCUCAAAGCUUGAUCAAACCUCUGCAACCAAUUUCUGGGACAACAUCACCAACUCGAUGUUAACCCGAGUUCAAAAUAAGAACUAUGAACGAGACACUAUUCUUAAACACAUCGAAACUUAA